AUGGGGGAAGUCAACAUCCACCAAUUACCUAGAUAUUGGACACCAAAGAUUACAGUAGUACUAUUAUCAUUUGCAGAAGAAGCAAAAGAACGACAAAGACCAUCUCCGACCCAGAUUCUAGAAUUUGCCCAUAGACAUGGGUCCAUGUUGGGGCAAUAUAUAUACGAUUAUCCAGGAAGUGAAGACAAAUGGCAUCUGGAACUUCGCUAUCCCAAGCUUAUAUGGGAAAUACAACCUCUCGAAAUAGAUACCAUAGAUAUCAUAGGAUGUGUUCUUUCUCAGUUCAGCAAAUUUCCCGCAAAUUGUGACCGAAAAUCACCAAGAAAUCACCACACUAUAUUAUUCUUUACUAACUACCGUACUAUUCAGGGUUAUUGCGCUCACGACGGCACAGAAUUGCAGAAAUUUCAUGACCUCAUUCAGUUAGAUCUCGAAUUCAGACGAUCGCAGGUCGACGACAAAUUCAACGGACAAACUUACGAAAAGUUUACGAAAGCGGCUAUCGAAAGCAUUCACCGUUACCUCAUCUGGGAACAAGAAUUUCCUUGCAACGAAGAAAUGGAGGCACUAUCACCCAGAGAUGUCAAUGCGAAUAUUCGUACGAAAUCAGUUAUGCAGAAAGCACCUCCCCCAGCCAAGCUAGCAAGAGAAAAGGAUCACCCACCACCACCGCCUAGUGAGGUACCAGAACCACCAUGUUCAGACCGAAAGAAUGGUUCCAUAUAUAAGACUGGCCGUUGCCUUGGAAAAGGUGGAUUUGCCAUUUGUUAUGAAGGUCAACUUAAAGGGACAAGGAAGAAGUAUGCCCUGAAGAUUGUCAAAAGUCAUAUGUCACAGAAGAAAAUGGAGCAAAAGUUUCAAACCGAGCUUCAAAUUCAUUCGAAAAUGAAUCAUCCAAAUAUUGUUCGAUUCCACCGAGCAUUUUCACACGACCAAUGCACCUAUAUCGCAAUGGAGCUCUGCCCUAACGCCUCGUUGAUGGAUAUGGUUAAGAAGAGGAAAUAUCUCACGGAGCCGGAAGUUCGUUUCUUCACUGUUCAAAUCGCUGGUGCUGUCAAAUACAUGCAUGCGAGAGGCAUUAUACACCGUGAUUUGAAGAUGGGAAACAUAUUCUUAGACAAGGACAUGAAUGUCAAGAUUGGUGACUUUGGUCUCGCAGCAUUGCUCAUGUCGAAUAAGGAUAUGGCCGCAUGUCGAAGGACAACUUUGUGCGGAACACCCAAUUAUAUUGCCCCUGAAAUUUUAUCCAAAAAUAACGGUGGACAUGAUCAUGCGGUUGAUAUAUGGAGCUUGGGUAUCAUUAUUUUUGCUAUGCUUACCGGAAAACCACCCUUUCAAUCGGCUACGGCUGAUGAAAUCUAUCGAAGAGCCAAAGAAAGAGAAUACACUUGGCCACAGCACUUCGUUGCUGCUAACAUGAUCUCACCUGAGAUUCAAGAUUUGGUCUCCACCAUGCUACAGGAUGCAGAAGAGCGACCACAUCCAGAUGUCAUUGUCCAACAUCCCUUUUUCACAUGUGGUUGGAUGCCCCAGGUUGAAGAGAUGAGUGCCGAUUUAUUGGAUGAUCCUCCCAGGCCUGAUCAAUUCCCCUCAGUCGUUAUAAAAGCUGGCAGGCCAAAUCCGUAUGCUCGAAGCCUCAAGAAACUAUGUAUUAAGUGCGAAGUUGGUCCUUGGACUCCCAAGAAGCAGUACACUAGUCUUUACAAAGAGUGUGCUUUAGAAGAGAAAGCCGGUCUCACUCCUAAUGUGCCCCUCGCAGAGAGUAUUGUCUACCGUCCAUAUGCCGAAUGGGUCAGAGAGCAAGAUCAGCUAAGCAUCGAAGAGAAAGCUGCAACGGAGCUAGAGGUAUCUAGUACGGCUGUGGAGUCGCUCAUUGCGGACAUUGUGGAGUCAACCCUUGCACCAUUGGCUAAGAAGCCAGUAUCUCAAAGAACAGUUUCUCAAAGAGCCGCUAGUCAAAGCUUUGCGGCACAACAACGAGUCAAAGAUCAGCCAUCAAACUCUGCUUCAAUCAGAGGGGCUCUCCCUCGACGACCAACCCAAAAAGAAGCUAAACAUAGGGAGCCACCCAGCAACACAACUACCGAGGUCAAACCCCGUGGCAUUCUUAAAAUUACGGCUAUCCCAUCUGUUCCACAGAUAUCUUCCGAAGCCGAGGGACGUCUCGCAGCUGAUCUGGUGGACGAAUUGCAAAAGGCUGACGAGGAACGAAAAUCACAAGAGCUGAAGAAGCAACAAUCUACUAAGAAUGUCGUUUCAUUAUUCGGACCUCAGGAGAAGCUGGAGUGGGUACCAGGUAGCAAACCAGAUCAUAUACUCGAAGGCCUACAACGCUUCCAGGCAGAGCUAGAUCGAGCUCUAAAUAGCAGAUCCAUCGCAGCCACUCCCAAAUCUAGACCAGUGACCCCUGCCAUAGUGGUCAAGUGGGUAGACUAUACCAACAAAUAUGGGCUAGGAUAUAUUCUCAGUAACGGAAGCGUGGGUUGUGUCUUCCGGGAAACGCCUGCUGGUUCCCCAGAAAGUGAGGAUAACGUCAUCGCCCCGUCUUGUAUUGUUAUUCGUGACGGAGAGAGACAUCUAGCGAAUCGGACCAACAAGUCAUACGUAAAUAGGCAUCAGAUCAUCCCAAUUUCCGGUCCAAAUGUCGAAUUCUACGAAAGCAAGGGUGAGAGAGGAAUGCUUCGUGGCUCAGUCUCUGCAAAGACUUACAGAGUCGCUGAAAAUACUGAAGGUCGACCCGGUAGACUACCUCUGGGGGUAGAUUCGUUUGAUAAUCGCAAACGAGAGAAGAUUUGUUUGUGGAAGAAGUUUGGCAACUAUAUGUUCGCGUAUGGUAGAGAUGCCGAGUAUCCUUACGAAUCAUGGACAGCCGGCCAGAACCCUGAAGCUACUGCCAAUGGUACAGUUAUCACUUUCUAUCAACGAUGGGGAGAUGUCGGUUGCUGGGGCUUCAGUGAUGGCCAUUUCCAAUUCAAUUUCCCGGAUCAUACCAAGGUUGUUCUUUCAGCAGAUGGUUUUUGGUGUGAUUUCUAUCAUCUUUCCUUCGAAUGUGCACGAGAGCUCACCGAUAAGGGCACACUUCCGACGACUGCCCUCGAUGAGCGACAGCAUCUCUCUUAUCCGCUACAAACACUUCUGAACUUCAUGGCCAAACCAUCAAGGGCAGCAAAAACCACCUUACGCAAACGUCCUGAGAUUGACCCAAUGAUUCAAGGUCUUCCUCAAGCGAAUGACUUUAGAAGAAAGAUUGAAUUUAUCAGAUGUGCAGUUAAAGAGUGGGUACAUAAUGGUGGUCUUGGGAUCAGUGAUAUGGAAGCCAAGACACGCUUGAGAUGGAUGGGACAUCGAGAAAUUUAUGAUGAUAAGAAGCUCAAGCAUGUCUGGACAACGGUUGGAGGACGCAAAGGAGACGAGAGACGAGUUGCAUGGUAUGAUCCUCGCAAACCACAGGAAGUCAUUUUCGACGCCGAAGUUAAUGGAGUUAUGGUUGAAUGA